AUGGGAAGUACCUCAAAAGUGCAAGACAAUGUUGUGCAGCGCCAAACCAGGCGAAGAACAAGACAUGUAGAGAAGGCGAAAGUGAGAACUGUUGUUGGUUUGCAGCAGAAUGAUGUGCAUUAUAAAGCAAGAAAAGAUGCAGCUGGUCAGGCACAUGUCAAACUUGCCCGGUUAUCUUCAACGCCCUGCGAGAGGAUAAAAAACCAAGAGAAGGUUUUGAAUGUUGGGGUUUUGGAUUGGGGUCGACUAGAGAAAUGGAAGCACAAGCAGAAGCCUUUUCCUGAAAAAGUUAGCGGCGGGUCAUCCUUGGAAAGGGCUAUUGGAUCAUCUACAUCAUCUGUUGUAGUUCGCAAUGGGACAAAUGCUGAGCAACCCUCUUCGCGUUCUAGUGUCAAGUCGUCUCAAAAGAACGGCCUUUUGCAGGGUGUCAAACCAUCUGUCCGUAAAGAUAUGCGCUUCCAGGACUCCAAAACUGCUUCAAAGAAUGCCAUUCAUGGGCAGAAAAAGAUAUCCUUUCCCAGGUCUCUUGGAAGAAAUCACUCAGAUAUGAUGCUUGAUAAGGGGAAGGCAAAAUAUUUAGAUAAGAAGUUCCCUUCAGAAAUGGGGAAUGCAGCAGCAAACUUGAAAAAGUAUGGAGUGUCAUUUGGUCCAAAGGACAAGGUGGGCACGGGGGAUGGUCGAGCUAUGGAAACAGAAUCAGAUAUCAAGAAGAAAAAUAAUGAUCAAAGAAUCACUACGGAAAAGGAGCUCCAUCGCCUAGAUUCAGAAGUUAUGAUGCCUCGCGUGGAAGAAUUGCACAUAUCAGACAUCAGCACAGCUCAUCAACACUGCCCUGCUGCGGAGAAUACCGUUGUUCUCUCUCCAUCAAAGGAACUGCCCCAAAAUGACUUUCCGGAGGUCCUCCAGCUUUCACAACCAAGAGCAUCAGGGGAUGAGUGUAUGACAGAACCUGAUAAGAUCAGCUUCUCGGGAGACUUUUCUACCAAGGAGAUGGACUUUGCAGAACUCUGUUCUGAAGUUCCACACUCAUGCCCCUUGCCUUCUGUAGUUGACACUAAUACAGGAUCAAACAUGGUGCCAAAUAGCUCAAUCAACGGUAAGAGUGCAGUGCUUAACUUUGUCCCAGCUCACAUGCGCCGAUGCUCAAACAAAACACAAGACCUCCUAUAUGAAGAUAAAUUUGUACAGAAGAACAGUUCAGAGAAAAUGCUAACUCGUUCAAGUUUUGAAACUUCAAAAACAUUGGAUCAAGAAGAUGUUGAGCUAGCAACUAGAAAAGGCAGAAGCCCAACUCCCAAUCGCCGGUUUAACUUCAGCUUAGAACGGCUUGGUAGAAGUUUAAGUUUUAAGGAAAGUUCAGAUAUUCCGCAGUUAAGUUCCACAUAUCUGACAGUCAAAUCAGGUCCUGUGAGAUCCGGAACUUCUGAUUGUUCAGAUACUCCAAACAGAGAGAAAGCAAGUACUCAUAACCGAGCUAGGUCAAGCCCGUUAAGAAGGUUACUAGACCCAAUUUUAAAGCACAAGGAGGCAAAUCUACACCAUUCUGCUGAAGCUGUUAGACCCCCGAAAUCACUUUUUAAUUCCUUCGUCCCCAAGCCAAUUAAUAUCAGCGAGUCAUUACAGAAUCUGAAGGCUGAGGCAUCAUGGGUUAAAGCAUCUUUGCAAAUAACAAUCAAGAAUGGACUUCCUUUGUUUAAGUUUUGGGUUGACAACAUCAACUGUUUUGCGGCAACCAUGAAGAAUUUAUCAUCUGGGAAGGAUGACUUCUGCCAAUAUUUUACAUUUUACUCUAUUAAUGAAGCCAAGAGAAAAAAUGGUGGCUGGAUGAGUCAAGGAAGUAAAGGCAAAAGUUGUCGCUAUGCCUACAACGCUGUUGCUCAAAUGAAAGUUUCUAGCUCCGACUUAUCUGAUGUUAACGGGCAGGACUUAAGCAAGUGUGGGGUAAGAGAGGCUGUUAUGUUAGGUGUUGAUCUAACACAAGCAGAUCUAGAAUCACCAAGCGUCGUAUCACAUGUGGAGCUUGCUGCUGCCGUUGUCAAGUUACCUAGGAAAGACUUGAGCCAUUCUGAACAGCAGCGUGACGAGGAAGUUAUGGUAUUGAAGGGCUGCGCCAAAGAUUCAUCCGAGGAUAUCUGCUCUUUCAGCUGGGAAGAUAGUACUAUAGUCAUACUUCCAGGUGGAGUCCAUAGCUCACCGAACAAAGGAGCACCUUCACCAUUACUUGAACGUUGGAAGUCUGGUGGGUUAUGUGAUUGUGGAGGCUGGGAUGUUGAUUGUAAGCUGCGUGUUCUCUCCAACCAGAACAAAUGCUGUCAGAUUCCGAAAACAUGCUCCGCAUGUUACCCUUUUCCGGAUACUUUUGAACUAUUUGCUGAGAAGGGAGCUCAGGAGAACAGGCCAAUUUUCAGUUUGGCACCAGGGAAGGAUGGAAACUACUCGGUUGAAUUCAACACGUCACUUUCUUUGUUACAAGCGUUCUUCAGCUGUGUUGUCGUAAUCAGCAGUUGCAAACCAUUAGAUCUUUCAGAAGUUAAUAACGUGACAGAAGCGAAAGAUUUCCAGGAACCAAAUUUGAAUCAAAGUAAUGGAAUCCAGGUGACAGGGCCGGCAAAGUAUGCUCCAAAUCCACCCAUGUCCCCUGUUGAGAGGGUCUAGCUUUGUCCGAGGAAAUCCUUUUUGCUGUUCGAGUCCAACAAUCGAUGGUUUCAAACACGUCAGGAAACAUCUCGUAGCCAACAAACCAUUUGUCGUGUGAAUCCAUGGAUGCUCAAAUUUUUAGGAAGACUUGCAUGUUGUUACAGAAAACAUGUAUGAGCACGGCUGUUGCUCUUUUUGUGCUGGUUUUACUGCAUUACCAUGUGUAAAGGGAAAAACUCAAAAACCGUUCUUCGAAAUGAUGGUGUAAAUAUGCCUAUGCUAGGGCAUUUCAGA